GGGCACUGCUCCAUCGCAGCUCUGGGCACGCCUCCUCCUGGCUCUCGCCAGUGCCAGCCGCCACCCACCACCUCGUCCGAUCCUACUGUGGACUGUGGUGGUAGUUAAUCAAUGGAAGAGCUCGACGAGUUCGAGGUGCUCUGGCCGGAGUACUGCGCCGGCCUCGCGCACGCCGACGAUGACCAGUACAAGACACCGGCGGCGGCAUCGAGCGUGCAGAGCACGGCCACGUCGUGGCAGCGGCGCGCGGCACGGUCUCGGCCGGUGGACGUUCCUCCAAGCAGGGCCGCCGUGCUGUUGCUACGGUGGAAAGACGGUAAUACCGAAGAUGACUCAGUGGAGAAGGACGGCGGGGGCAAGAUCAUCGUGCCGCCGCACCUGCUGGUCUCCGGCAGGCGGCUGUCCGACGGGGAGGCCGCCGCGGCGUACACGCUGCUGCGGUCGGGGGCGGCAAGGCACGGCAAGCGGGCGCGCGACCUGCGCCACCUGCGCAACUCCGUGCUGCGGAUGACCGGCUUCAUCGAAGGAUGACACGUUGACACGUAGUACCAGGUCGUCCUAUGGUUUGGGGCACAAACACGUGCAUAAAUUUCUCAAAACUAAAUUUCCUUGUGCGCUCAACGAAUGUUAUCAGAGUACCCAGAAAACGUGUUGCUACUUGCUAUAGUACUACCAGUUUGUUAGUAUCGGUUAAUGAGAAUGGCACCAAGUUUCGAACCUACUUGUCUUGCCGUGUGAAAAAUCAGUCAUCGGUCAAACGAAGCAAGUUUACAUGGGAGAGUUCCACACUAAAGCUCAUCCCUCUACGCACGUUCUUACUACAUUCCAAUGAGCACAACAAUAGUCCGUGGCUCGUAGGGCUGGAGCGAGCGUGCACAUCUGCAUCAGCCGGCCCGGCGGUGCACGGUCCACGUGGCAGCCGAGGAUAGGGUGCACCGCACUCCAACUCAACCCCUUCCUUCACGGCCACAGCCACAGCCACAGCUAGCAAAGUUUGUCCUAACCCGCCACUACUCCUCCGAUCCAGUUGCCAACUCCCCAAGGAAGUCUGCUUGCUCACCAAGACACGCCAGCUUCUCCCUCUUCCGUCCACAGCACACCUACCUCCGCUCGCUAUAUAUCCCGCUCGCCAUGGCAGCCCCAGCCCUUGCCUUCCCGGACACACGGCCGGGGAGGCCAUGGAU